GCCUCCUCGCCCUGCAAUACUGUGCUAGUACUAUCAUGGAUACCUCGAUCCCACUAAAUCCCAGCAAUCUCGUCGUCAUUACUGGCGGCGGCAGCGGCAUUGGCCAUGCAAUUGCCUCCGCGCUUGUCCAAACCGGCGCAUCCCGCAUCUACAUCCUCGGCCGGCGUCUCGCUGCCCUCGCCGACGCUGCCAGCAGCCUCAGCAACUCCGUAAUCCCCAUCGAAUGCGACGUCACCUCCCCCACCUCUGUCUCCGCCGCCGUUUCGAGGAUAGAGCAGGAGAUCGGAUAUAUAGACGUGCUAAUUAACAAUGCCGGCAUGCAAGGGCCGAACCACCGGCCCGCGAAUGAUGCAGAGACCAUUGAGGAGCUGCAGAGCAUCCUGCUGAGCAAUGCAGAAGGUUGGGAGGCCACGUUUGCGGUCAACUCUAGCGCGGUCCUCUAUGUGUCCGCCGCAUUCCUCAAGUUACUAGACGCCGGCAAUAGGAGCCGUGGCUGGGAAGGAGGGAAGCUACCCGCGGAUCGAGCUCGUCGGAGGGAGAAGGACAACCUAACGAAGAUUCUGAUCGAGCCAGACGAUGAGAGGACUAGCCAAAUCAUAACAGUUGGGAGCAUAUCAGGGCUUAAUCGGUUUACAACGGCGGGGCUGGCGUAUAGCUGCAGCAAGGCUGCGGCAAUACACUUGUGCAAGAUGCUAGCGUACUUGCUGGCUCCAUGGGGGAUCCGAAGCAACGUGAUUAACCCCGGAGUAUACCCCUCGGUAAUGACCGCCGGCUCGACAGACUCCUAUAAUUAUAAAGAAGUCCCUGCUGGUUGCAAAGGCAGCUUUCAGGAUAUUGCUGGUGUUGUACUGUACCUGGUGGGGAAAGGCGGAGCUUACGUUAAUGGUAGUAUGAAUACAGAUGGAGGAAGGUUGAGCGUGAUGCCUGCAACUUAUUAA